CCGUCCGAGACUCUGUCGGUAAAAUCACCCGGUAUUGUCACCUGCACCAUAUCAUCCUCGUCUACCCAAAAAAAUGACGAAUUCAUUGUGUUAUCAACGGUUAAAGCACCUGAGACUUGCAGAACGUUUGUAUUCACAGGCACCUCCAUCUAACCCCAAAAAGCAGGAUGAUAACUGGAAGACUAUUGAUAUGGUUGGACCCCCAGACCCUGUCUCUAAUCUAAGGCCCGUCGCCUUUGCAAAGCCUCAGACUGAAACUGAAGUUGAGAAAGAGUUUAGAGAGGCGAGAGAGGCCACUCAGGAGUGGAAUAACAAAUUCUGGAGUGAACACAAUGCCCGGUUCAUUGCUGAACGCAAAGAAUUCCAAAGCAAAUUAAAAGCUGAAGGAAAAGAAUCAGUGACUGCAGACGAGAUGUCCGUCUUCUACAAGAAAUUUCUAGAUAGUAACUGGAAAAAUCACGUCAAUUACAAUUACUCCUGGUACAAACAAAAUAUCAAGAUUCUGUUUCUCGAAGUAAGAGUGAGAUUAUCGAAAAUGAAGUUCAAGUGAUUUUUUAAUCAAUUGCUACAAAUGAAUUAUUUAUUUCAAAGUAUAAUAAAUGUUAUUAAAGUGAGGUGAGUCUCUUA